UGAAUAUAUAUAUAUGAGCGCAAAUCGCAAUAUUUAACAGUUUUCAAUUGUAUGCAGUGAGAGCAAUCUAGAAACAUGAAAUAUAUCAUCUUUGCCGCUUUUGUGAUUGGGGCAGUCGAUAUUGCCCUUUCGAGCCCAUUGCCCGAGAAUGGCGGAUCUACUGUCAACUAUGAAGUCAGCACCUUAGAUCCUGAUUGUCCACCACCUGGUAACCAAUCACAAUCUACCUACCUUCCUUACUACUAUGAUUGCUCCAAAUUCUACGAAUGCACAGAUGGAAAAAAAGUUCUGCAAGACUGUCCCGAUGAUCUUUUUUGGAACAUCAAACUCCACGUUUGCGACUAUUACUAUAAUGUAGAUUGCUCUUACGUUUGGUCUUCGACAGGACGACCAUACACCACAUCAGGACCAGGCCCAGUUAUCGACUGCACAGGGGUACAAGAUGGAACUUACUUUGCAGACCCAAGGUUCCAACUCUAUCACCGAGUAGGAAUAGAACAGUUCAUAUGCUCUGCCCCGUAUGCCGAUGUUUUCUAA